ACAGACAGGUGUGCACCACCUCUGGAGUGCUGGGACAGACAGACAGGUGUGCAUCACCAUACCCAGCUUUCUUAAGAGUUUUUGUGACAAGGUGGCCUCUCCCUAUCUGUCCUUGAUUGAAUUCUGGUCCCUGUACACUCUGAAUUCUUUCCUGGAGCCUCCUGGCCACCCUGUUUCACUGGCGAGCAUCCUCAGGGCUGUGGUUCAGGGCACCCUGCCCCAGGACGGCCUGUACAGGUAGUGGGAGGCACCUUCUUUGCCACCUGCCCACCUCACCCCAGAACCUGACAGGUUUCCUGGUCUUGGCCUGGAACCCGACACCUAGCAACAGGGCAAACAGAACCCAGUGGGGCUCUGCCUCUGAGGUGCCUCUGCUGCUACCUGGGGCCCCGUUUCCCCCAUGCAGCACCCCAAAACCCAGUACUUCCCAGCUGUUCCCCAGGAAGGCUUCGGCCUACAGGGCCUGAAGGGUGUCGAGGUGCCAGGUGGCCUGGAGCCCCUUCCUGCCGUGGCCAACGCCAGCCUGCGCUACCAGCCCCCCAACACGGAUAAAGAUGUGUUUCCAGCCCCUCCAGCAGGCUUCCAUAUGGCCCCCUGUGGCUGCUGCUUCGACCCCCGCAUAUACCGCAUCGAGUGGGCCACCUCUGACUUCGGACGGUCAUCCCUGUACAAGCCGGCGGUGGCUGGGGAUCCCUCCCAACCUGGUGGCUACCUGCUGGAGCCCCCAUCCUACCUCAAGGCCCCAGGGCCACCGCCUCCACUGUACCCUCACUACCAGCUGGCCCUGAGUGGCUCUCAAUACGUCAUGUCCUACUUUGUACCUAAGGAGCCUGGGCCUGAGGCAUUGGGCUUUGUGGGGGAUGGAGGGCCCCCCAAAUUCCUUGAGAUGCUCGGAGGAGGCCUGGUACCCCCACUGACCCCCAAAGAAAGCAAACCAUCACCGAUGCUUGUAACACUCCCCAUGGACCACGUGCUGCCACCUGGGCCCUACAGCCCCCUUGGUGGCCAGGCUGGCCUGUACCAAGAUGGCCAGGUGGCCAUGCGACCUGUCGAGGUGUCCAGAGAGCCGCAGGGUGGCUGUGUGGCGAGGCCGGGUCUGCGGUGCCCACCAGGGCCUGUGGAGCCCAGGGUGACCGAUGCAGAGGACGUGGCCCCCAUGGCCACAGGUGAGGCCAUGCCCCCUGAAGUGGCCCAUGCUUUCUUCUUGCCAGACAAGAUCCUUCUAGAAGAUGCCAUGAAACUUUUUGAUUGUCUCCCGGGAGGUGCAGAGCCCGAGGCCACCCUGCACAGGAUCCCUGGGCCUGGCCUGCCGGACAGUGGCAGUGGUGGGGGUGACUCAACAGCUGACAUCCGCUCCUUGCACCUGCCGGACGAGCUGCUGUCCUUUGACUACAGUGUCCCCGAAAUCCUGGAUGUAGUGACCAAUGUCGAUUACUUUUUCAACUUUAAAGCACUGGAUGAUGAGCCACCACCACCCCAUCCAGGGCCCCCUGUCGCUGACACCAUGGCCCCUGGCUUGAAGUCCCAUCCAUGUGGGAAAAAGGGAGCUUUGACCAGCAAGAAGGGCAAGUUGGAUGCAAGGAACAAGCAGGCUGUGGGCCUGGCUGGCACUGCUGCCCCAGGACGGCUGGACCCAGGAGCCACCACACCAUUAAAUAGCGAUUUGAUCUCUCAGUUUGUGUCCCCUCUGUGGCCUCAAGGUCCAGGGGAUGCAGGCCAUAUGUAGACAUGUGUCCCCUUGUUCUGACUGGGCAAGACUAUGUCCAGUUCACAUGGCAGGGGGGUGUGAAGGGAGAACCCAGCAGUCAUCAGAGGCUGUCAGAGUCCAGUUGGGAAUCUCAAAAUUGGGGUGUCACAUGUCAGAAGUUGGAGCUAGGUGUUGGUGGAAUGUCAUCCCAACAUUCAGGAGGCUGAGGCAGAAGGACUGACAUGAGCUUGAAGG